CGCCACAUGCCCACUAGCCCCAAUGGGGCAUCCUUGCUCCUCUCCCCAAGCAGGCAAUGCGGGCAGCAGGUACAUCACGGAAGAGGUGUGCGGGCAGGGUACAGUCAGCAUCAUGCAGGCGCAUGGCGGGGGGCCGGGGGUACCCAUCCCAGCUCCGGGCUGCGAUCAGGGGGUUGGGAAAGGCGUGUGUUUCCCUUUAAGAGGCAGGCCCUGGAGCUGCUUCCUCUCAGCCCUGCGAGAGCCCUAAACAGUGCAUCUGCCUGCAGCCUGCCUGCACGCCUGCCCGAAGCCUGCCCGCAACCAGCACCCAGGCUCAGGGUCUGGCCUCGCUCCUCAGCCAUGCUGCUGCUCCCACUGCUCCUGAAGGCUGCCCUGCUGUGCCUGGCCAGCGGCUCCCACCACCCCUUCUACAACGGCUUCUACUACAACCACAUCAUGAACGACAAGGGCAACGGGCAGGAGAAAGUGGUUUACUUCAAUGGAGCCAAACUCUUGGUGGAGACUCCCAAGGACCCCGUCUACAGCUUCAAUGGUGGCAAUGUCACCCUGCCCUGCCACUACCGCUAUGAGCCCGACCUGGAGUCCAAGCGCAAGAUCCGCAUCAAGUGGUCCAAGCUACGGGACGACUACACCAAGGAGCAGGACGUGCUGGUGGCCAUCGGCAAGACCUACAUGGCCUUUGGGGACUUCCGUGGCCGCGCUCACCUCCGUCAGGGUGGCCGGCGCGAGGCCUCGCUGGUGGUCAGCGAUGUGCGUCUGCAGGAUGAUGGCAAAUACCGCUGCGAGGUCAUCGAUGGGCUGGAGGAUGAAAGCGAAGUGGUGGACCUCCGGCUGCAAGGCAUCGUGUUCCCCUACCAGCCUCCCCAUGGGCAGUACAGGCUCAACUUCCACGAAGCUGAGCGAGUCUGCCAGGAGCAAGGCGCCAUCCUCGCCACCUUCAACCAGCUCUUCCAGGCCUGGAGCGAGGGGCUGGAUUGGUGCAAUGCAGGCUGGCUGGCCGAUGGCACCGUGCAGUACCCCAUCCGCCUGCCCCGCAAGCCCUGCGGCGGGCUGCAGCUCGCCCCAGGCAUCCGCAGCUAUGGCCCACGCCACCGGUACCUGCACCGCUUUGAUGCCUUCUGCUUCUCCUCCACACUCAGAGGAGAAGUUUUCUACCUGGACCACACGGCUGGGAUGACGCUGGAGGAAGCCAAGCAGAGCUGCCAGGAUGCAGGGGCUGAGAUUGCCCGGGUGGGACAGCUCUACUCUGCCUGGAAGUUCCUGGGGCUGGACCGCUGCGAUGCCGGCUGGCUUGCAGAUGGCAGCGUCCGCUACCCCAUUGCCAAGCCCCGCGCCAACUGCGGCCCUCCGGAGCCUGGUGUCCGCAGCUUCGGCUUCCCCAGCAAGGGCAGGUUUGGGGUCUUCUGCUACAAAGAGAGAUAAGGAGCAGGGAGGGCUCCUUCUUGUCCGGAGGAUGUUUCCAGCCUGAUGGUGCCCAGUGUUGGGCAUUGCCCAAGGCUGUUUUUGGGGUGACUGAGGGGGAGUGGGGUGGGGGUGGGAUGGGAGGCUUCUUUUUGGUUUAUUUUUACUUCCUUUAUAUCUUCCACGUCCUGCUCAGCAGUUGGGGCAGCGCAGGGCUGUCCCUGAUGGUCCCCAUGGGCCCCUGCCACCCUACGGGUGGUGGCCCCUUCCUGCGUGGUAGGAUGUCACCAGCGCCUGCCUGCCCUUCCAGGCUCAUCCUGCCCUUCCAGGCUGGUCCUGCCCCUGACCUCAUGGCGUGGGAGGGAGGAGAGGCUGGAACGGACUAGAGGCAGAGAGUGGGUGUCUCUGUUGCAUCCCAAACCCGGCCCUGUCCUACUGAAGGAUGCCAUUGUGCCUGUUCCUGCGGGAGUGCCAGUGCCUUAUCUCCACGCACCCCUCGCCUGGACUCCACUUGAACUCUGGUGCCUUCUUCUUCAAAGCAUUUGGUUAUGAAAAUGUGUAUUUUCCUGGACCUCUUCUAAUAAACCCAUGGAGAAAUCCAUGGAGCGA